UUUAUGGUUAUUGGUGGGGUUGGAUCCCAUAUAUAGCUCUGGGUAUUUAAGGAAGGCUAAGGCUCUUCUCUUUCCUUCAGAGACUUCCUCCUCUUCUUCCUUUCAUCCUCUCAUUUUUGACCUUCUUCAAACCAUUCUUUGGAUUUCAGUGAAAAAAUGGUGAAGAUCUGUUGCCUCGGAGCUGGCUAUGUCGGUGGCCCGACCAUGGCUGUCAUUGCUUUCAAAUGCCCGAAUGUAGAGGUUGUGGUUGUCGACAUAUCUGUUGCUCGAAUUGCUGCAUGGAACAGUGAUCAGCUCCCAAUCUAUGAGCCCGGCCUUGAUGAUGUAGUCAAGCAAUGCAGGGGGAAGACACUCUUCUUUAGUACCGACAUUGAAAAGCAUGUUUCAGAGGCCGAUAUCAUCUUUGUGUCGGUUAAUACACCAACAAAAACACGAGGUCUUGGUGCUGGCAAGGCUGCUGAUCUUACAUACUGGGAGAGUGCUGCUCGAAUGAUCGCCGAUGUUGCAAAGUCUGACAAGAUUGUGGUUGAGAAAUCCACAGUUCCUGUUAAGACUGCUGAAGCCAUUGAGAAGAUCUUGACACACAACAGCAAAGGGAUCAACUUCCAGAUAUUGUCAAACCCGGAGUUCCUUGCUGAGGGGACUGCAAUUCAAGAUCUUUUCAAUCCUGAUAGAGUGCUUAUCGGUGGUCGGGAGACACCGGAAGGCCAGAAGGCUGUGCAAGCACUCAAAGAUGUUUAUGCUACUUGGGUACCUGAGGAUCGGAUCAUAACUACUAAUUUAUGGUCUGCGGAGCUAUCUAAGCUGGCAGCAAAUGCUUUCUUGGCACAGAGGAUAUCAUCGAUGAAUGCCAUGUCGGCGCUCUGUGAGGCCACCGGUGCCAAUGUGUCUGAGGUGGCUUAUGCCGUUGGGAAGGACACAAGAAUUGGCCCAAAAUUUUUGAAUGCCAGUGUAGGUUUUGGAGGAUCAUGCUUCCAAAAAGACAUACUGAAUCUUGUCUACAUUUGCGAGUGCAAUGGCCUGCCUGAGGUUGCUCAUUACUGGAAGCAAGUCAUCAAGAUUAAUGACUAUCAGAAAAGUCGGUUUGUCAACCGUGUCGUGUCCUCCAUGUUCAACACUGUCUCGGGGAAGAAGAUCGCUGUCCUUGGCUUCGCAUUCAAGAAAGAUACUGGUGAUACGAGGGAAACCGCAGCGAUAGAUGUGUGCAAGGGUUUAUUAGGUGAUAAGGCGAAGAUCAGUAUAUAUGAUCCUCAAGUGACUGAGGACCAAAUUCAGCGUGAUCUUUCAAUGAACAAGUUUGAUUGGGACCAUCCAAUCCAUCUCCAACCAAUGAGUCCUUCUGCUGUGAAGCAAGUUACUGUCACUUGGGAUGCUUAUGAAGCUGCCAAGGGAGCUCAUGGAGUUUGCAUUCUGACUGAGUGGGAUGAAUUCAAGCAGUUGGAUUACAAGAAGAUAUAUGAUAACAUGCAGAAGCCUGCAUUCCUCUUUGAUGGGCGCAAUGUUGUGGAUCCAGUGAAGUUGAGGGAGAUUGGAUUCAUCGUGUACUCCAUCGGCAAGCCACUGGAUGCAUGGCUCAAGGACAUGCCUGCUAUGAUUUGAUUGAUACUUAGCUACUUGAAACAGAGAGGGGAGUCAAGUCAUGCAGCUUGCUGUUUUUCGGUGGGUUUAAUAAUUCUAGCUUGGCUAUUCCAACUAUUCUUUAUUACUGUCGUUUCUUUUCUUUGAUAUUCAGUCUUGUUUUUUUUCUUGUGUUCGAUUAUUGUUUUGAAAUUAAUAGGGAGAUGCCGGGUGUGGUCGGAGAGCUGUGUUCUCUAGCUUCCUGCUGUUCUUAUUUUUGCCAUGUAGUUGUCUUAUGUUUUCUCUUUGAGAUAUAUUGGAGAUCUGAUUUUUUUCAUCUCCAUGAGCACAAUCUAUUUCUGUAAUGCUGUUCUUUUUUU